AUGUCCAAGUCUAAGAACCAUACAGCUCAUAACCAAACGAAGAAGGCCCACAGAAACGGUAUUAAGAAGCCUAAGACCUACAAGUACCCAUCUUUGAAGGGUGUUGAUCCAAAGUUCAGAAGAAACCACAAGCACGCCUUGCACGGUACCGCCAGAACUUUGGCUGCUGCUCGCGCCGCUAAGAAGUAA